AUGGCGCUGGCCGAGCUCUACACGCAGGUGAGCGGGGCACGGGGGGCAGCGGGGCGGGUCGGCCGUGCCGAGCCCCGGCGGGAGCGGAUCGCGCUCUGUCGGGACCGCCUGUGGCUGUCCGCGCUGGCUGACUGGGAUCAUCCCACAGGUCCCAGGUACAAUAGGGUUUGGAUCCCUGAUAAUGAAGAAGUUUGGCAGUCUGCAGAAAUCACAAAAAACUACAAAGCUGGAGACCGUUCUCUCCAUGUGCAAUUAGAAGAUGGAACUGAACUGAAUUACCCUGUUGAUCCAGCUGCUUUGCCACCCCUACGAAAUCCUGACAUACUUGUUGGUGAAAAUGAUCUCACUGCACUCAGUUAUCUCCAUGAACCAGCUGUUCUACACAAUCUCAAAGUUCGUUUUGUGGAGUCCAAACUUAUCUACACAUAUAGUGGAAUAAUUUUGGUUGCAAUAAACCCCUAUAAAGAGUUGCCAAUAUAUGGAGAUGCUAUUAUCCAUGCAUAUAGUGGGCAAAACAUGGGGGACAUGGAUCCACAUAUAUUUGCUGUGGCAGAAGAAGCAUACAAGCAAAUGGCAAGAAAUAACAAAAAUCAGUCCAUUAUAGUCAGCGGGGAAUCAGGAGCUGGAAAGACUGUGUCUGCAAGAUACACUAUGAGGUACUUUGCCACUGUGAGCAAGUCAAGCAGCAAUGCACACGUGGAGGAUAAAGUAUUGGCAUCCAAUCCAAUAACUGAGGCUGUUGGCAAUGCAAAAACCACACGGAAUGAUAAUAGCAGUAGAUUUGGAAAAUACACUGAAAUCAGUUUUGAUCAGAGUUACCAAAUCAUUGGAGCUAACAUGAGAACAUACCUGCUUGAGAAAUCCAGAGUUGUCUUUCAGUCAGAGAAUGAGAGAAACUACCAUAUAUUUUAUCAGUUGUGUGCAUCUGCUAUGCAGCCUGAAUAUAAACAUCUUAAAUUGGGAAGCGCAGAAGAAUUUAACUACACACGGAUGGGUGGCAGCACUGUAAUAGAAGGAGUUGAUGACAGAGCAAAUAUGGUGGAAACUCAGAAGACAUUUGCCUUACUGGGUCUGAAUGGGGAUUUUCAGAUGGAUGUUUUUAAAAUGCUGGCAGCAAUCCUACACUUGGGCAACGUGGAAAUAGCAGCUGCUGGAGAUGAAAGGUCAUCCAUCAGUAUGGAAGAUAAACAUCUCAGUAUAUUCUGUGAACUUCUGGAUUUAAACUGUGACAAAAUGUCCCGAUGGUUGUGCCACCGAAAGAUUAUCACAACCUCAGAGACUGUAAUAAAGCCAAUGACAAGAGCUCAGGCUGUUAAUGCAAGGGAUGCUCUGGCAAAGAAGAUCUACUCUCAUUUAUUUGACUUUAUUGUGGAAAGAAUUAACCAAGCUUUGCAGUUCUCUGGCAAGCAACAUACUUUUAUUGGUGUUUUGGACAUUUAUGGAUUUGAAACAUUUGAUGUGAACAGUUUUGAACAAUUUUGUAUCAAUUAUGCUAAUGAAAAGCUACAGCAGCAAUUUAACCUGCAUGUCUUUAAACUUGAACAAGAAGAAUAUAUGAAGGAAGAUAUCCCAUGGACUUUAAUAGACUUCUAUGACAACCAGCCUGUCAUUGACCUUAUUGAAGCUAAAAUGGGAAUUUUAGAACUUCUGGAUGAAGAGUGCUUGUUACCUCAUGGAAAAGAUGAAAACUGGCUUCAAAAGCUGUAUAAUAAUUUUGUCAUUAAAAAUGCACUCUUUGAAAAGCCAAGGAUGUCAAACACGUCUUUCAUCAUUCAACACUUUGCUGAUAAGGUAGAAUAUAAAUGUGAAGGAUUUCUGGAAAAAAACAGAGAUACAGUACAUGAAGUAUUGAUUGAAAUCUUGAAAGAGAGCAAGUUUCAUCUGUGUGCAAAUUUUUUUCAAGACAAUCCAGUGUCCGUUUCACCUUUCAGUUCAACUAUAAACAUCAAAUCUGCAAGACCUGUUCUCAAGUCACCCAACAAACAGCUCCGGACAACCGUUGGCAGUAAGUUCCGGAAUUCUUUGUCUUUGCUUAUGGUGACACUCAAUGCAACCACCCCUCAUUAUGUACGGUGCAUAAAGCCAAAUGAUGAGAAGUUGCCUUUUGAGUUUGAUUCAAAAAGAGUUACUCAGCAGCUACGAGCCUGUGGUGUUUUGGAAACUAUUCGAAUUAGUGCACAGAGCUAUCCAUCCAGGUGGACUUACAUUGAGUUUUUCAGCCGUUACAGCAUUCUUAUGACACAGCAGGAGCUCUCCAUCAAUGACAAGAAGCAGAUUUGCAAGAUUGUUUUGCAGCGGCUAAUCCAGGAUCAUAACCAGUAUCAGUUUGGGAGAACAAAAAUUUUUUUCAGAGCAGGACAGGUUGCUUACUUAGAAAAACUGCGAUCAGAUAAGCUGAGACAUGCAUGCAUCAUGAUCCAAAAGAGUAUUCGAGGCUGGCUGCAGAGGAAGAAAUACCUUCACACGAAGCAAGCAGCUGUCACCAUCCAGCAGUAUUUCCGGGGGCAGCGGACAGUACGGCAAGCUAUAACUGCAAGAAAUCUGAAGCAAACGUGGGCAGCUAUAACGAUUCAGAAAUACUGUCGGGGUUACCUGGUCCGUAGACUUUGCCAGCUCAUCCAUGUGGCUACUGUAACAAUACAAGCUUAUACAAGAGGAUUUCUAGCAAGAAAAAAAUAUCAGAAGAUGCGUGAAGAACAGAAGGCUGUGGUCCUUCAGAAAUACGCCCGUGCGUGGCUUGCCAGGCGCAGGUUCCAGAAUAUUCGGCGCUUUGUGUUGAAUAUCCAGCUCUCAUACAGAGUGCAGCAACUGCAGAAGAAGAUAGAGGAACAGAGUAGAGAAAAUCAUGGUUUGCUGGAACGAUUGACCAAUUUGGCUUCAGCUCAUAUGAGUGACACGGACACAAUUCAGAAACUCGAAGCAGAUCUCGAAAAGUUAACUGCUCAAAAGAGAACAUACGAAGAGAAAGGGAAAAAGUAUAAAGAGGACAGUGAACAGAAAAUCUUAAAACUUGAGAAUCGGAAUAAAGAAUUGCAAGAACAGAAAGAGACCUUAGAAAUAAAGCUCCAAGAAAAAACUGAGGAAAUGAAAGAGAAAAUGGAUGACCUCACAAAGCAACUCUUCAAUGAUGUACAAAAAGAAGAAAAACAGCGAAUGAUACUUGAGAAAAACUUCCAAAAUCAGAAGCAGGACUAUGAAAAGGAGAUUGAAUUGCUCAAGGGAGAAAUUAAGAUUCUGAAAGAAGAAAAAACUCAGCUGCAACAUCAAAUUCAGCAAGAAAGUGUCAUUCAGGAUGGCUUGAAAAUGGAAGUAGGACAGCUUACAAAACAAGCACAGAAAAUACCUGAGUUACAAAAGGAAAUCGAGCUGCUACAGACGCAAAAAUUGGAUGUGGAAAAGCAGGCCCACUCACAGAAGCGAGAAUUGAGGGAAAAGAUGUCAGAAAUUACAAAGCAGCUUCUUGAAAGUUAUGAUUUUGAAGAUGUGAGAAGCAGACUCUCUGCGGAGGAUUUGGAACACUUAAAUGAGGAUGGAGAACUGUGGUUUGCUUACGAGGGCUUGAAAAAAGCUACAAGAGUAUUGGAAAGUCAUUUCCAGUCUCAGAAAGAAAUAUAUGAGAAGGAGAUUGAAGGUUUGAACUUUAAAGUUGAACACCUUAGUCAAGAUAUUAAUCAUCUACAAAAAUUAUUCCGGGAGGAAAAUGACAUAAAUGAUGGUAUUCGACUUGAAGUUAGCAGGCUGACUUCAGAAAACCUGGUGAUCCCAGAUCUUAAACAGCAAGUUUCUGAACUUGAAAAUCAAAAAUUAGAUCUUGAAAACCGUCUUCAAGAGCAGACUGAAAAGUUGAAAGAGAUGUCUAAUCGGCUGCAUUAUGAGCUAGAAGGGACUAGAACACAAAGACGAACUAAUGAGGCUCAGAAUGAAGUGGAGAUAAAACAAAAAGAGACUCUGAAGGGCACAGCCCAAGAAAUUGAGGGUCUGAGCAAUGGUUUGGUGCAAGAUGAAGUCCAGGAUGAAGUACAAAGCAAGAUAAAACAAGUGACAACUCGAUUCCAUGUGGAAAACAUGGAUCUUGAAGAAAAAUUAGACAUGAAAGAUAGAAUAAUAAAAAAAUUGGAGGAUCAGAUCAAAACUCUUACCAAAACUCUUGAAAAAGCUGAAGCUCAUGUGCCAACUUCGUCCAAAGAGUACAUUGGAAUGAUGGAGUACAAAAAAGAGGAUGAAGAAAGGAUCAUUCAAAAUCUGAUCCUUGAUUUAAAGCCACGUGGAGUUGUAGUUAAUAUGAUACCUGGCCUGCCAGCUCACAUCCUAUUCAUGUGUGUGAGGUAUGCAGAUUAUCUGAAUGAUGCUGACAUGCUGAAGUCUUUCAUGAAUGUAACCAUUGAUGGUAUCAAACAAGUUGUUAAGGAACAUUCAGAAGACUUUGAGAUGUUGUCCUUUUGGCUUUCCAAUACAUAUUAUUUCCUUAACUGUUUAAAACAGUACAGUGGGGAAGAGGAAUUUAUGAAGUGUAACACUCCACGUCAGAAUAAGAACUGUUUGAAGCAUUUUGAUCUCUCAGAAUACAGACAAAUUCUUAGUGAUUUGGCCAUUCGAAUAUACCACCAGUUCAUUCUUGUCAUGGAGAACAACAUUCAGCCCAUGAUUGUACCAGGCAUGCUGGAAUAUGAAAGUCUUCAGGGAAUUUCUGGCUUGAAACCUACAGGGUUCCGUAAACGUUCUUCUAGUAUAGAUGACACGGAUACCUACACAAUGACCUCUAUCUUGCAACAGCUCAGCUAUUUUUAUAGCACUAUGUGUCAGAAUGGCUUGGACUCUGAGCUUCUAAAGCAGGCAGUGAAGCAGCUUUUCUUUCUAAUUGGAGCUGUCACCCUCAAUAGUCUCUUCCUCCGCAAGGACAUGUGCUCAUGUAGAAAAGGAAUGCAGAUAAGAUGUAAUAUCAGCUACUUGGAAGAAUGGCUUAAGGACAAGAAUCUUCAAAGCAGCAAUGCCAAAGAAACUUUGGAGCCACUAUCUCAAGCAGCCUGGCUCCUUCAGGUUAAAAAGAUCACAGAUGAUGAUGCCAAGGAAAUAUGUGAGCACUGCACAUCUCUCUCUACUGUGCAGAUAGUUAAGAUCCUCAACUCAUACACUCCGAUAGACGACUUUGAGAAAAGAGUGACUCCAUCAUUUGUUCGUAAAGUCCAGGCUAUGCUAAACAACCGUGAGGAGGUUCCACAGUUGAUGCUCGAUACCAAGUAUCUCUUUCAAGUGACGUUUCCUUUCACCCCCUCUCCACAUGCCUUGGAAAUGAUACAAGUCCCCAGCAGCUUCAAACUUGGCUUUCUCACAAGGGUUUAAUAAAAGCAAUGAAUUGAUGUUUCCUCAGAGACUGUGUGAAGACAUGCAGACUUUCAUGGUUCAUUUCACCUGCUGGUGGAUAGUAUGGCAGCUUGCAGUGAAUUAAACUGUUAGAGACUUCUUCUUCAGUCAAGACUUAAACAGUAGGAAUAAUUUUGGCUUGUUAUUUCCUUCUCUCUGUUCUUACUCUUUUCCCUCCAUUUCAGUCCUACAGUGAUGACUUUAUAUCAUCAACUGGACACAAAGCUUACCACACAGUUUUUUAGUCCAAACCUGACAAGAAAAGCAUUUAUCUGACCGGUUUGUAUUGCUGCCCUGUCAGCACCAGUCAGAGGGGAAGACUGCCAUGUGAUAGAUGUUACUGCUGUACAAUUUUCCUUGUCUUUGCUUCCUGUAACAAGAGGGUUUUUUUCUUCCCAAGGUAAUUCUAUUCUUUGCCUUGAUAUACUGGAUCUGUUUGAGAGUAGCUUUCAUCUUCACUUCUUAUAUCCUUAUUUCUUUCACUACAAAAGUAGUCUUUCACAACAGUUCUUCCAGAAGACUACAUUGAAACUGGGGAACAGAGAUCAAUCCAAGAGAAUUGCUGUUUACAAACCCACAUUGUCUUUUCGUGGGCAUGCUGGCUAGGCUCCCUCUGCUUGCAUUGCAGCCUGGGGACUCUGCACAGAUCUUUGGCCAAAGCAAGGACUCGAGUGCUCUUCUUCAAGACAGGUUUCAGUUUUGUUCUCUGCAGUGACAAGUUUGGAUUUAAUAUGAGUUAUUGUAAUGGAAAAGUCAGAUAUAAAGUUCAUGUUUUGAUCCAGGUUUGAAUUAUAAGCUUGGUUCUCUAAAAGACAGGAGUCAUCUCCUGGUUUGGUUCCAUCUAUAGUGCAGUGUAUUUCAGAAUAUACACUGAGUACGCACAUGUGCACAUCACCUUUCUCCUUUUCUCUUUUUGCUGGUUUCCCUCCUCCAGUCCAGAGACUGAAUAGGAGCAGAUGCAGUUACUGUGGUCUGCUGUUACUGAUAAACCAAGCCUAAUUCCUUACAUUUCAUCUUUAUUUAUUUCUUUUCAAUUUCAGGAUCCUUAAAAGCAGUAGUCGUCUCCUUUUUGCUUUGUUCAGUCUUCUCCGUGUAAUCAGGGAGUAAAAGUAAUUUUAUUUAGUUCUGGACUCUGUCAGAACAACUGGGGAAACAGCAUUCACCUCACCACAAUGAUAACUAUCCUUAGAAAUUCCUCAGUAAAUAAUGCUGGUUUUCUAAACUACUUUAUUAGACGUAGUUAUUAAAAUCAAGUACUAAAGCUUUGAAAUAUUUGAUGGACUCUAAUUGAGUUAAUUUAAAUAUUGCAGGAAAGAACAAUUGAUUUUAUUUUUAUUAUUGUUAUACAGUGUUAGUACUACUUGUUUAAUUUCACAGAACAAUCUGUAAAUAUAAAGAAGGAAUCAUUCUUGCUAUUUAGUGUUCUUGGUGUUUACUAUGUACAGUGUAAUACUCAUCAUGAUAUCCACAGACAUAUACUCAAAAUAUAUGAAGGAAAAAUUUUUUGGUUCGUUCAACCAAAGGAUGAACAAAGCUGUACAAAGGAUCACAUAUGUAGGUAGACUGGUAUUUUAGUGUGUUAAAUAAAGUAGCUUUUAAAUCACUUUGUAGUGCUCUGUGUGAAUGAACAGCUAUGUUCUCAGUAUGGAAUCAUUUGAAAGAAGUUACUUGGAACUAUGUGAACAUUAGUGAGUACAGUCAGUCUUGUAUUGCACCAUAACCAUUUAUUUAAUGGUCCAGUUGCUUUGCUGUAACAUUGUGUAUCUUCCUGUCAGCAUGGCAUGUUCUCCUUGGCUCCUCAGGAAUUUCUGGAAAUAUUUUAAUGCAAGCAACUUUUGUUGCUGUAAUUUGUGUAUAGCCUUUUUUUACAGUUACUGGAGAUGAAUGAAUGUUACCUGGGAUGAUGUGAGUAAAAUCACAGCCCACUCUUUCAGCCACAUCACACAGAAACAUCAAGGCAUAGAUGUC